AUGUCCGAUUGGGAGAAUGAUUACGACUGGCUACAGAACUUCUUCCCUGGCUGGAAAGAAGAGGAUCAGCUGCAAGUGAAUCGCAACAAUGCUGGCCCUGAACAAAACCAACAACAGAGCCCGCACCCUGCGUUUGCCGAUGCAGCCUACGUUCGACUCCAGCAAUCUCGGUCCCUUCAGGCGCGAGGUGUACAGAUGAAUCGACAAGCACAGAGCUCGGCGCAAUAUUCUCAGGGAAUGGAUCAAACGUUAUUCCGGUCCCAAUUACACCAGCACUCGCCGUACGAGCAACAGCAGCAACCGCAAAUGCAUCAACAACCUCAGCAACAACCUCCACGCCUACCUCAGCCACAGCCUUAUAGACAAGCACAGUAUCAGGCCCAGUAUCAAGCGCAGCACCGGGCAGAACAACAGGCUCGACAACAGGAGGAGGAAAAGGCUCGACAGCGGGCGGAGCAGUACGCUCGGCGACAGGCAGAGAAAGAAGCUCGACAGCAGGCGGAGCAGCAAGCUCAGCAACUAGCUCAGAACUAUGCGCAGUUCCAAGCGCGGAAAAAAACCCAGCAACUGCUGCGCCCGCCACCCCAAACUCACCGGGGCCAGCUACAGCAAUACUACCAAGAGGCCCAGGCUCAACAUCAAGAGCACGCUCAGUCUAGUUCCCGCCAUCAGCAGGAUCAAACGCAACCUGUGCCUCCUGUGACAAAUACUGUACCGCAGGCGCUCAGGACCUAUGCAACACUGCGGAUGAUCGGGGAAUAUCCCCCGCAGGCGAAUAACACCUCUGCUCAGACAGAUCGCAGUAUCUCGAAGCCGGCUACUCCUACCGGACGGCAGACAAACCUGGCCGCAGUUCCUCAAGCUCCCGCUCAGAUACCUCACAGUACCUCUGCUCCCUCGGUGCGGCCACUGAUUUCGAAGGCCACUGUUCCCGCCAUUGCGCAGAAACACAAUGCUACUGCCCCUUCUCAAAGCUCCGCUCCGACCGCUCGCGGCAUUCCUGUUUCUUCGGCCUUGCCAGUGAUACAGCCAGUUGUUCCCGCCGGACCACAGCCAGCCAAGGCUACUGCUCCUAUUCCCGCUUCCGCUCAGUCAGGCCGCAGUAUUUCUACGCCUUCUGCUCCGCCAGUUAACAUUGCACCUUUUGUGCCGGCCUCCACUCUAGCUGGACCUUCACGGAAGCUAGGCAGGCCCGCCAAAUAUCCUACUGCUGUGGACUCAGUCAACCAACCAGCAGGAUUUGGAAGGUUCAAUGACAGAUGGCAGGUGCACUCAACGUCGAAUGCCCCUCCGGAUGUCGGGCCUGCUCAGGAUCAGCCAAGGCACGGCCUUCCGGUGCUUCAAAAUAUUGCGCCUGCUACUGCUUCUGGCCUUGCCCCUGCCCCUCCGCGUGCUCACCCACCAGCUUGGAACGCUCACCCAAACAUUGUAUAUCCAGCACCCGGUCCUCCUUCUUCCCUGGCAAAUAGACUUGAGCCUGCUUCAAGUCAAUUAUCCAAGGGUCUGAACGCAUCCUCGCAAAGUCAGCCUGCCCGAGUGUACAAUCCUCCGCCGAACUCGGCCAAGAUCGCGGCAAGACUCGCCGGUCAAGGUGCUCAUGGUCCCACACAGCCACCAGCUGCGAAAUUGCGGAAGCUAGAUGAUAGCUCCCAACAGGCUGUGACACCUCCAUCAAAGACUACGUACUUGCCUAGAUACAUCCGCCAACCCCCGAGCCGCAAAAACAUUACAUACCGGUCUGACAUUGUCGACCCGGUCAAGAUCUCGGAUAUCCUGAUAAAAUUGGACUAUGAUCCAGCCACUAUUGCUCGGGAUGUAUUGAUUGUCGCGGAUAAGCACCCAAUCGAGAAAGUCCUCAACCAUCAUCUCCAGAGUCUUCGUCAGAAUUUCCAGGCUGUAGACCACUCUUCAGAUUUGGCCACUUUCCGGUGGGACCUUGUGGAUCCUUAUGUGCAAUACCCGCCGUGGGUUCUCGAUGCAGCCUCCAGGGUUCAAGAAACACCCACUAGUUCGACUUUGAGGCUCGAGACCACUAUGCGCGCGCCAAACCUUCCGCCCAACUUUCCGGAUUCUGCCAGACAAGGGGUGUCCCACGUGCCUGCACGUGAUGCCCCCACAGCCCCGCUCGCGCGUCCCGCCGAAAGACGCCCUGGCGAUAACACCAGCAACGGCAACGGCACCACCAGGCCCGGUACAGACACUCCCAGUGCAGGCAUAACCAGCUCAGGCCUGGAUGGCCCCGGUCUUAUCAGUUCAGGUUCGUUCAAUUCAGGCAGGAAUGAUGCAUAUGUGGCCAGCACAAGCGCGACAAACACCAACCUCCGUGCCAGCAACUUUGCUUAUUCCCCUGCUAUCUCAUCCACAACUUCAUCUGCAUCAUCAACGCCCAAGGCCACUCACAAGCCUAUAUCUACACCGCCUUCGGCAGUCAGCUUGAACGCCUUCCCCAAAUCUCCUCGCGGCAAGCUUUCCCGGCAAUCACCCCUGCCAAAAGGGCUACGCGAGCCCCAAGUUGUCAUUCCAGCCUCUCCACAUGCAAUGGCUCCCAUCAAGAAGAGGCCCGGCCGACCUCCUCACAAAGAUGUUCAGGUCGAGGUGGAGAUUGACAAUCGCCCUGCCACUCAGUACCAAGUCUUCAAGUGCAAGUGGACCGGGUGCGAGGCUGAGCUCCACAACCUGCAAGCCAUCCACACACACAUUCUGGGAAUCCAUAUUCCCCAUCACAUCGUGUGUGUCUGGGAUAACUGCACCGAUAAGCACCCUCGCGCCGCCGCGCAAAUGUGGGAACACGUCCGAGAUGAUCACAUGAGGCCCCUGGCCUGGGAACUGGGCGAUGGCCCUGCGGCUUCGGUAACUGGUGAGGAUGUCGACCUGCUUCCAUCUACUGCUUUGACUUGA